GGCUGCGGGACGGGGGGCGCGGCCGCCGCAGCCCCUCGGGGCCAGGAGACGUCCCAGGGUGGCAUUGCCCGGCCGGAGGCUCCGGGACUCCCCCGAUGCCGCCCCACCGCCCGCCUCCGCUGCGACGAGCCCCGCGCCCUCCCCUUCCUCCCCCCGCCCCGCAGGGGACCUUUUAAGAGGAGGGGGCAGUGGCUGGAGGGCUUGGCGGGGGACGGGGCUGCUCCUGCGAGAGCUCUGGGAUUGAAUCGGACGGCCAAAACCUAACAGGGAAGAGGAGGAAGGAAAAAAAAAAGCGACAAAGGAAGUCAAAGGAAAAGAAAAAAGAAAAGAAAAGAAAAGAAGUGAAACGGGAGGUGCGGAAGCACAGAAAGGUGGGGGGACUAAACAGAAACAGCAGGGGGACGCGGUGCGCAGGCAGCGCGCAGCGCGGGGAUGAUGAGCCCCGGCGGGCUGUGCCGCCUGCUGCUGCUGCUGCUGCUGCUGCUGCAGGGCUCCCUCCUCCUGCUGGCCACAGCCCGGCACGGCCGCGCCGCCGCCUGCCCGCUCCGCAGAAAGCAAAAUGAGCUGAACUCCUUCCUGUGGACAAUCAAGAGAGAUCCCCCAUCUUAUUUCUUUGGCACCAUCCAUGUCCCAUACACACGUGUCUGGGAUUUUAUCCCAGAGAACUCCAAGAAAGCCUUCCAGCAGAGCCACAUCGUGUACUUUGAGCUGGAUCUCACUGAUCCCUACACCAUCUCAGCUCUCACCAGCUGCCAACUCCUGCCACAGGGGAAGAACCUCCAAGAUGUGCUGCCCCGAGACAUCUACCGCCGGCUGAAGCAGCACCUGGAGUACGUCAAGCUCAUGAUGCCAUCUUGGAUGACCCCAGACCAACGGGGCAAAGGGCUGUAUGCAGACUACCUCUUCAAUGCCAUUGCUGGCAACUGGGAGCAGAAGAGGCCAGUCUGGGUGAUGCUGAUGGUGAACUCCUUGACAGAGGUAGACAUCAAGUCACGAGGCGUGCCUGUCCUGGAUCUGUUCCUGGCCCAGGAAGCGGAGCGGCUGAGGAAGCAAACGGGUGCUGUGGAGAAAGUAGAAGAGCAGUGCCACCCGCUCAAUGGGCUGAACUUCUCCCAGGUGGUCUUUGCUUUGAAUCAGACUCUCUUGCAGCAGGAAAGCCUCCGAGCAGGCAGUUUCCAGAUCCCCUAUACGACAGAAGACCUUAUCAAGCAUUACAACUGUGGAGACCUCAGCUCCAUCAUCUUCAACCAUGACACUUCUCAAGUCCCAAAUUUCAUUAAUGCUACACUUCCAGCCCAUGAACGCAUUACUGCCCAAGAAAUAGACAGCUACUUCCGGCAGGAGCUCAUCUACAAACGAAAUGAGCGAAUGGGCCGCAGGGUGAAGGACCUGCUGGAAGAGCACCCAGACAAGAGUUUCUUCUUUGCAUUUGGAGCUGGUCACUUCAUGGGCAACAACACAGUGAUUGAUGUUUUGAGGAGACAAGGGUACGAAGUAGAGCACACUCCAGCUGGACAAGCCAUCAACAACCAAAAAUCUCCCAAAACCUUGUUAGCCUUUUCAUCAUCACACAGUCCCUAUGUCAUGUCCCAUGAGCUCUCACUGCACCCCCAGAAGGAGGAGGAAGAGGAGGAGGAAGAGUUCCUGCCUCACCUGCUAUUCCCUGACAGCAUUGAUGUGCUCAUGAAAGUAGACAGGAAGUACAAAAAGAAGAAGAAAAAGCAGCAGAAGAAGCAAAAACUGCGACAGUUUAAUGAUCUCUGGGUUCGCCUUGAAGAAAGGGACCUUGGAAAAGAGUUGUUGGAAGAGAUAUGCCUACACCUUCUGAAGAGCCCCCACAGGGCAGUGGAUGCCCUGAGGAGUCUGUGGCCCCUUGGGAAGCCCAUGCUGAAGCAGGCUUCUGGCAGGACCUGUGGCCCUAUGGAGAGAAGAACCCAUGCUGGAGGAGUUUUUUUGGUGGACUUGUGACCCCAUGAGGGACUCGCCCUGGAGCAGCCUUUUCCUGAAGGACUACACCACAGGGAACAGACCAGUGUUGGAAUAGUUUGUAAAGAGCUUCAGCCUUUGGGAAGGACCCUCACUGGAGAAGUUCAUGGAAGACUGUCUGCCAUGGGAGACACUCCAUGCUGAAGCAGGUGCAGAGUGUGAGGAGUUCUUCCCCUGAGGAGGAAGGAACACCAGGAGCAACAUGUGAUGAACAGACCACAACUCCCACUCCCUCUUCCCCUGCAACACUGGGGAGGUAUGGAGGAGCUGGAGAAUUUGCGAGUAAAGCUGAGCCUGGGAAAAAGGGGAAGGUAAAGUGAAUGUGUUUCAAGAUUUAGGUUUUAUUUCUCAUUACCCUACUCUGACUAAAUUGUUAAUAUAUUAAGCUUAUUUUCCCAAGUCAAGUCUGUCCUUCCAUGAUGAUAAUUGCUGAGAGAUCUCUCCCUGUUCUUAUCUCAACCCAUGAGCUUUUGGUUAUAUUUUUUUUCCCUUAUCCCAUAGAGGAGUGGAAGUGAUAGAGCAGCUUUGGUGGGCAUCUGGCAUCUCGCUAGACUCAACCCACCACAAGCUGGCACAGGUUUUAGAAAGGUAGGUCUACAGCAACUCUUCAAAUAUUUGACCUUCUUUUUCAGGAAAAUCAGAACUACCUAAUGUUCUGUGUUGCAUUGUAGACUAUGACAUAAACACUUUAAAAAGAAACUUUUUUUCUAGUUGCAUUUACUCUACUCAAACUCACAGAUUUUUCCUCCCUUAGUUGGUCUUCCAAGAAAAGCUAGAUAAUAAUAAACCUGAGAUUGUGGUUAACGCCACUAAUGCCCAACAUUGCUCAAAAACAUCAUUGCAAGUUUCAAGUAGGCCACACAUAUGGAGAUGUAAUCAUAUACAAGCUGUUCUAGGGAAGGGCUGGUAAAAUUAUGUAUGUGAAAAAAAAUUAAAAAGUGCACAGAUGUUCAAGGUGAUUUAUUCUUGUAUAGCUCUGCAUAAUUGUUAAUUCCUAAUAAGGAAGGUAUUACACAACUAUCUUCUGAGAAGUAAUAGCCUGUUUGGUUUUCUCCUAUUUCUUAUAGUGGUUAUGGACUUCCUAGCACUGUAUUUAAAUGUGUAGGUUUUACUUUUCUAUACUUUGAAGCAAUCAAAUAA